GCGCAGGCUGGCCACCAGGGAGAUCGCCCGGGCUGCUCCUCGCCGGCUCCCAAUCCCCGGGCGGCCUCCGGGUGGCCGCGUCCGGGACCAGGUUUCACCUGGGACAGCAGAUCUGUACUUCCGUGCCUGUGAGGGCCGGGACAGCGCGGAGCUUCCUACGCCAGGCAAGGGGCAGUCACAUGGGAUUGGAAGGACAUCAGACACACCUGCUGUAGAAACAAAGAAGUUUUGCCCUUGAACUUUCUUCUAUACCAUAAGUUUUAUGGAGGAUACUUAAGCCUAUAAGGGUGGUCUCUGGGAAGGAACUGCCAGGCAGUGGCAUACAUCGCCUCAUGAGGUGUCAUCACAUUCUCAGUCAUACCGGAAAAGCGCAAUUUGAAGCCUCCUCACUGCAGUGGAAGCAGAGAUAACGCAUUGUAGGAGUCAUGGGCUGCAAGCCACCCUACCAUAUCUCCUACAGAUUACGAUUACUGCUGCUCCUUUCCUUGUGCCUGACAGUGGUUGGAUGGGCCACCAGCAACUACUUUGUGGGUGCUAUUCAAGUGAUCCCCAAGGCAAGGGGCUUCAUGGCUAGUUUCCACAAGGUCAUACCUUUGGGGAAUGAAGUCACUCUGGCCCAUGAUGCAACUGUGAAAAAGGCAGAACUCGAUAACUGUCCUUCAGUGUCUCCAAACCUCAGAGGCCAGAGCAAACUCCUUUUUAAGCCAGACCUCACUCUGGAGGAAGUGCAGGCAGAGAACCCCAAAGUGUCCAGGGGCCGCUACCGUCCUGAGGAAUGUAAGGCUCUGCAGCGGGUCGCCAUCCUCAUUCCCCACCGGAACAGGGAGAAGCACCUGGUCUACCUGCUGGAGCACCUGCACCCCUUCCUGCAGCGGCAGCAGCUGGAUUACGGUGUCUACAUCAUCCACCAGACUGGAAGUAAGAAGUUUAAUCGCGCCAAACUCCUGAAUGUGGGCUAUCUGGAAGCUCUCAAGGAGGAGAACUGGGACUGCUUCAUUUUCCACGAUGUGGACUUGGUGCCUGAGAAUGACUUCAACCUUUAUACGUGCGGCGAUCAGCCCAAGCACCUGGUGGUUGGCAGAAACAGCACCGGCUACAGGUUACGAUACAGUAAAUAUUUUGGGGGCGUUACUGCCCUCAGCAGAGAACAGUUUUUCAAGGUGAAUGGAUUCUCUAACAACUACUGGGGCUGGGGAGGAGAAGACGAUGACCUCAGACUCAGGGUUGAGCUCCAUAAGAUGAAAAUAUCGAGGCCCAAGCCCGAUGUGGGUAAAUACACCAUGAUCUUCCACACCAGAGACAAAGGCAACGAGGUGAACGUGGACCGGAUGAAGCUGUUACAGCAGAUGUCACGAGUCUGGAAAACAGACGGCUUAUCAAGUUGUUCCUACAAAUUGCUCUCUGUGGAACACAAUCCCCUCUAUGCCAACAUCACAGUGGAUUUCUGGACUGGUGCAUGACCUGGAUCUUUUGGUGAUGUUCUGGAGAACUGAUGAUUUGAUUGUAAUGAUUUUGGCCUAGAGACUUCCUUAGUAGCCAACAUUAAGAACUCUUUCCAGCUAAUUAUUAGGCUGAAAUUUUUCCGUUCCAUGUUUUCUCAGAAGAGCUCUUGGUUAUGUAGAAUGUAGAACCAUCAUUGACAAGACAGCUUUCUUAGCUGUUUUGGUCGUGGUGGUGAAGUUGUAAUUCACACACUUGAAGGACCACUAAAGAAAAAGGAUGCGAUGAAGGCAACCUGAGAACUGUGUCCUCAGAGGACUGACUUCAGCAAUGCAGUGUGAGAUUGAAGAAUGGGGAGUAGAAUUCCCAAGUGUCUUAGAGAACCAGAAUUGCCAGGUCUAAGACAGAGAGGUACUAAGAUGUGUUUCUGUUACUCAUGACCCACUGUGAAGUGGUGGAUUCCAGAUGUGAAGAAAGCCAUAAGAGAGGGGCACAGAGUCAAGAAUCAGAUGCCACGAACUUGACAAUGAAGAGGUGGCUAAGGACAGAGUGUGGCGUGAACUGUCAGUGGUGCCUGUGCCGGCUGCUGCUACCCAACCUCCAUGGUGGCUGCUUUCUCAUCAGAAACACCUUCUGGUCUCUGGCCACCUGACCCUGAAUGUACCCUGCCUCCUCAGAGGCACUUGCCAGUAAUAGCCCACCAGAGAACACACCCUCGACUAGUUUUUAAAGCAUUUUUAUAAAAUAAUUUUGUACAUGUAGGCUAUGAAUGAGCAGUUUAUAAGCUACAUAAACUGAUAAUACAUCUAUAGAGUAUCUCUGUAGUAAAAUAUGAAAAAUC